UGCUAACUUUACAGACACCUUUUAUUAUUAUCUACAUUUACUUGAAAAUUGUUAUCUAAUUUAACUAUUUUUGAUUAUUAAAAUUUUUUAGUUCUUGUAAUACAAAAAACUAUAGUAGUUAAAAACUCUUAGGCUUAAUGACUGAAAUACAAAUUGAAAAAUUAAAUUAUAAUUGAUCAUUUUAAAACUUGGGAUGAUUAAAGCAAUAUUGGUUUUCAAUAAUUAUGGAAAACCUAGGCUUUCUAAGUUUUAUCAAUUUUUUAAUGAAGAUAUGCAACAACAAAUUAUUAAGGAAACUUUUCAAUUAGUAUCGAAGCGUGAUGAUAAUGUGUGUAAUUUCCUUGAAGGUGGAAGCCUCAUUGGAGGAUCAGAUUACAAAUUGAUUUAUCGCCAUUAUGCAACUUUAUAUUUUGUGUUUUGUGUUGAUUCAUCAGAAUCCGAACUUGGUAUUUUAGAUUUAAUUCAAGUGUUUGUUGAAACCCUCGAUAAAUGUUUUGAAAAUGUUUGUGAACUUGACCUCAUUUUUCAUGUUGACAAGAUUCAUUAUAUAUUAAAUGAAUUAGUGAUGGGUGGCAUGGUACUGGAAACUAACAUGACUGAGAUUCUUUCACGUAUUGAAGAACAAAACAAAUUGGAAAAGCAAGAAGCUGGAAUUGCUGGUGCACCAUCUAGGGCUGUUUCAGCUAUGAAAAAUAUGAAUAUACCACAACAAUUAAAAGAUAUGAAACUUCCAGAUCUUCCUCAAGCAAUAAAAGAAUUAAAGUUCUGACAUUCAAAGAACAAACUGGUUUGUACAGAACCAUAUCAUAAUUACACAAACUAAAUAUAGUUGAUCAAAUAUUGAAUUAUAAUGUUCGAGAAAUAAUCAAUAAUUUAUUUUAUUAAAGAUAUUUAAGAAUUUAUCAAUUAAAUUCUGUAUCUUCAAUUUCAGGUUAUAUUAUAUUGUGAAAUAUAAUUACAAAAAAAAAUCCAUUAAUUUAAUUUUUGUUUAUUCACAUUUGUAUGUUUUAAUUAAAAAAAGUAUAUAAUUACUCAUUAAUUUUUCAAUUAUACAGCUAUUUGUUAUUAAUACUGUAGAUAAGUUAAUUAAUAUUUAAAAAAUCUCUUUUCUUUUGUAUUGUUUUAAUUUAUAUAAUUUAUUAUUUUUUUGUAAGUAUAAAAUAUAACAAAUAAGUUAUAUCA